AUGUUUUCUUUGGCUAAUGCUAAUCCUGGUUACUCUGAUUGUACAAAUUUACCCAUGCCUUUUGGUAACGCCCCCAGGCCAUAUGUCGGCUUUGAUCCUGAUCCUGUUGGCAAUAAGGGAUAUAUCACGGUCAACACCCAUUAUAAUCUAAGUAGCAAAGGAUUUUUCUCAACGGAUUAUACUCAAAUUGAAUAUCUGUAUUUUUCAGAUAACGGUCAAUACGCAGCUUCUGUCAUACAAAAAGUUAGAGAUGUAGGAACAACCGUAGUUGACCAAACAGAUUUCAUCGGAUUCAACUCUGGACUCACUCCUCCUUUUCAGCUGAUGAUCAUUUUAUCUGAAUCGCUUCCAUAUUAUGUUCAUGCAUGCAUACUAUUUCAUCGCUCUGAGAAAUAA